UUUUCUACUUUAUAUAACGAGGAAAAUAUAUUUUUUAAUUAUAAAAAAAAAAAGAAGAAAAAACCGAUUAUAUUUAUAUUGCUAAUAUAAUUGUAAAUAUAACGAGAUUUUUUAAAAAGCAUCAAUUGUAAUGAAGUUGAUUCUGUAAUAUUUGAUAAUAUUCGACGAAUAAUUGAGAAGAAAAUCUUACAAUUAAAAAUAAAUCUUCUUAAGUUUGUAACAUUAACAAUUAAAAUGCCUAGUUCUUAUUUAUAUGCUAUAAACAAUGAGGGACGUGUAUUUGGCUUAUCAACGUCAGGUACUAUGUGGCGUGAAUUUAUGUAUUUAGGACUUGAAUUUAAACAACUUUCAGCCGUGCCUCAUUUUAUGUGGGCAAUUGGCGGUGAUCGUCAAGUUUACGUUCACGUUCACGGCUUAGAUAUACCUAUAAGAAUUAAAGAGGAAACUUAUGAAAAUGAGCGUUGGCUACCUUUAGACGGAUUUAGUGGACGUUUAUUACCAACAGAUAGAUAUAAUUUUUCUAAUCAAGAUGGUACUGUCGAUCGCAGUCGAGAUAAAGUUAAACUUCCAUCUAUGGCUUGGCAAUGGGAAGGAGAUUGGCACAUUGAAACAACGCUGGAUGGUCAACCAUUAGAUCACGAUGGCUGGACAUACGCAGUUGAUUUUCCAGCAACAUAUUCAGCGAAAAAACAAUGGAAGUCUUGUGUCAGAAGGCGCAAAUGGGUCCGAUAUAGAAGAUACAGUGCUAUGAACUCAUGGUGUGCUAUUGCACCACUUCACAAAGAUCCAACCAAAGAACCAUUUAUCGACGUAGCUGUCGGUGGAAAUCAAAUGCCUGGUGGUAAUCCUGGUGGUUUAGUAGUCUGGGCGGUAACAGCUCAUGGAAGGGUGAUGUUCCGCGUUGGAACAAGUACAACAUGUCCCGAAGGCCAAAGAUGGAGUUCUAUUAAAUUAAAUAAUGGACAUGAGGUCUGUCAAAUAAGUGUAGGAGUGACGGGUCUUGUUUGGGCAAUUCUUUUAGCCGGAAAAGCUAUCAUUCGUACUGGGAUUACCCGAGAGAAUCCAAUGGGUGAUGAUUGGACAGAAGUGGAACCACCGCAGAAAGAUUUAAGAUUAAUACAAGUUAGUGUAGGUACAGAUGCUGUUUGGGCAGUUACACACGAUGGUAAUGUAUGGUUUCGGAAAGGUAUUAAAGGUGAGAUGAGCGGCGUGUGUGAACAAUUAGCAGCUGGAACUGGAUGGGUUGAAAUGGGAAGCAAAAUGGCAUUGGUAUCUGUUGCUCCGAACGAUCAAGUUUGGGCUAUCGGUUAUGAAGAUAGAUGUCUUUAUUAUCGUAUGGGUAUAACACGAUCAGAAUUAACAGGGAAAAAAUGGAGAUUAAUUAAUGCUCCUCUUCAAUUAAGUAGAGCCAGUAGCAAUGCGAGUUUAUCCUCGAGUAAUAGACAUAGUAUGUGCGGUACACCACAACAACAACGUCAUCAAAGUUGGAGCUCUUUAAAUCGACCUCAUAGUACUAGCGAAGGAACAACAUUGGUUAGAGAAUGGGAGGAACAAUCAAGAUCAGCACCAACGCCAACAUCUUUGAAGUUAUGGCAACGUACUAAUGAUACUGCGGUUACUAAAAAUUCUCAACAAACAUCUUGCCAGGAUAUAUAUACUACGGAAGAGAAAAAACGUUCGGCAAACUCAUUAAAUAUGAGUGACUACACGGAAACAAAUGUAGCAAAUAUAACUAUAUCAAAUGAAUCAUUAACUAAAACUGGGGAAUCUAUAGUUGUCUCUGGUAAAGGUAUGAGCAGUACAGUCAAGGUCAAUCCAGCUGCUUGGAGUCCUGUACAUUCUGUUGGAUCUAUGGUCGGUAUAGAAGCACAUCCAGAAACAGACGGGAGUAUAUUUGAUCCUGAUUUAACUGGUGAUUCUGGUGUAUACGGAGAGGACGAAAGUGCGGCAAUAGUUUAUUGGGCUGAAUGCGAUGCCUCGUGGUACAAAGUAGAAGCCGGUGCAUGUUAUAUGGAUUUAUUAAAUCCACCAAAAUGGAUUUCAGAUAGCAAUGGUGUAACGCACGGAGAAAUUGCUGAACCAUGGAGGAUACACAUCUUGGAGGAAUUAAAAAAUAGAUUGAAAGGGAUAGAUUUAGAUUUAUCUAAGUAUGAGAAAGCUAUAGAAAAAUCAUCUUGGGUUAAAAAUGGUGAUGCAAGAUGUAAAGUUAAAGGUAGUAGCAUGUACGAGGAUUGUAUUAUUGAAUUAGAAUGGAUAAGUAACGAUAGCGGAUCAUUGGAUUCUGGAACUUUAACAAUUUUAAAUUCCGAUGGUGCUACAAUUCUAAUGCAAUUUCCAAUAUCUGAGAUAACUUGUGUUGUUUGCUGCAGCGAACCAGGCAAUCCGCGUAUAGCUAUUCAUACACCAAAAUUAAUACGCUCUAAAGUUCUUACAUUACAAUUUGCAAGUGAUACGGAUAUGGAAGAUUGGCUGGCACAUUUAACUUCUGUAUCUUGUCAGACAAAUAAUAUCUAUGGAAAGCCAAGUCCUAAUUCAAUUUGGAUCACCAAUGCAUUAGGAGAUGUUUACGUAUAUGAUCCUGCGAUAAUAGAGGAAAAUCAAUUUUCCGAAGACGUUUAUGUACAGGAAUUAGAUGCCGCUGGUAAAGAUUUACCGUUCGAAAGUAUAUUACAAAAUAGUUUUGGAUAUGGGAGUUCAUUAAAAAUAACAGUAUGCAUUCACGACGAUGCCGACAGACUUUCAUUUAAUUUAGUAUGUUAUACGACAACAUCUUUGAAACAAAAAGGUAUUACGGAUUGUCACGACGUGGCAUUGCAUUUUAAUCCACGACUUAAAGAAAAUUUAAUAAUAAGAAACACGUAUCAGAAUGGACAAUGGGGCGACGAAGAAAGAAACGGUGGGAGUCCAUUAAAACCAGGCUCUGAUUUUAUAUUAAAUAUUGUUUGCGAAGAACGAGGAUAUAGAAUUUUUAUUAACGACACGGAAUAUACAUUUUACAGUCAUAGAAUAUCACCACAAAAUAUUACACAUUUACGAAUAAAAGGAUUAAUGACGUUGUGCAAUAUUCUAUAUAAAUCUAGGUCAAUUAUAAUCGAACCAAUAACAAUGUUUUGGAGACAAAUGGGUGGACAUUUGAAAAAAGUUGAAACAUGUUCUGUCGGUGUUACAUGGGGUAUAGGAUACGAUAAUACUGCCUGGGUAUAUACUAAUGGUUGGGGAGGAACUUUUUUGAAAGGAUUAGGAACUUGUAAUACAGGAAUAAAUACUAUGGUAGAUAUACAUAAUUAUUUUGUCUAUGAAAAUCAACGUUGGAAUCCAGUAACAGGAUAUACUUCUCAUGGUCUUCCUACGGAUCGUUACAUGUGGAGCGAUGUAACUGGUCGUCAUAAACGAACACGGGAACAUACGAAAUUAUUAUCAAUGCAUUGGCAAUGGAUAUCCGACUGGAUUACUGACUUUCAUACUCCCGGAGGUGUUGACAGAGAUGGAUGGCAAUAUGCCACAGAUUUUCCAUCGCAAUAUCAUGGGAAAAAACAAUUUACUGAUUACGUAAGAAGAAGAAGAUGGUAUAGAAAAUGUCAACUUAGUACGAGUGGUCCUUGGCAAGAGUUAGGAAAUACGAAAUUAGUUGAUGUCUCUUUAUAUACGGCUAGUAAACCCGGUGAAGAUUCUCUUAUACAUGUAUGGGCAGUAGCAUCCAAUGGGGAAGCUUUAUUUAGACGUGGUGUUUCUGAAUCUUGUCCAAUGGGUGUAUCAUGGGAACAUAUACCAAGCGAUCAACCAUUAAUAGGUAUUUCUUGUGGACCAAAUGGACAGGUUUGGGCAGUUGGAAAAAAUGGUUCUUCUUAUUGGAGACUCGGUGUUACCCUAACUAAACCAACAGGUCUGCAAUGGCAAAAUGUUGAACCACCAUCAGGAGCUCAAUUGAAACAAAUCUCAGUUGGGAAAGAUGUUGUAUGGGCUUUAGACACAACAGGUAGAUUAUCUAUUCGUCGUGAUAUACAAGCAAAUAUUUUCCCAGAGGGUAGUCAUUGGCAAACAUUGCCAGCAAUGCCAAAUGAUCCUAUUCAUAUAGAUAUCUCAGUUAUAAAUUCAAAGCAAGGGUUUAGACAUAUUUCUGUUGCCAAAGAUGAAGGACAAGUGUGGGCGGUUUCUGGUGCUGGUAUAAUAUGUCGAAGAAUUGGUGUAACUAAUGAAAAUCCAGCGGGAACAGGUUGGGCAACUGGUAUAGGGGCAAAUUGGCAGCAUGUAAGCACUGGAGGUAUAAUAAAUAGAAGAAAUUAAUUGCUUAUAAAAAAAAUUUUUCAAAUAUGUUUUCAUUAUGUAUAUAUAUAUAUAUAUAUAUAACUUUAUAUAUAUAUAUAUAUACACACACAAGGUAAAUGACGAAUAGUAUGAAAAUUUCAUACAUUAACUACAUUCCAUAUAAUACAGAAAAGUAUUAUUUUUUUAAUUUUUUAUUUUUUUUUUUUUUAUUUUUUUUUAUUUUAUGUAUUUGAUAAUUAUUUAUAAUAUAUAAAAUAAUAAAUUAUUUUAAUAUAUUAUUGUUAGUCGUAUUUGUAACAUAGAUUUGCUUUUAUGCAAGUAAAUAUGUAUAAUGACAAAUGGAGAAUUAUUUAUUUAAAUAUUCUUUCAAAUUGUAGAAUCGAAAUAUACUUAUUUAAUUUAUAAUCAUACUAUUUUUACAAACUAUAGGUCUUAGAGAAUAAAAAAAAAAGGGAUCAGAUUUUGCAACUGGGAAAUUCUUAGAAUGAAAUAUAAUUUAUAAUAUGAAUAAUUUAAAUAUUUUAAAAAAUAAUAUCAACAUCACUUAAUAUAUAAUAAUCAUAAUUUUGAACAAUUUGUAUGUAUGAAAGCAGUAUGUAUUUUUGAAAAAUUAUGCUUGUGAUUAAUAAAUUGUGAUUAUCUUCUAUAUAAUGUACUGCAAUAAACACAAUAAUG